AUGAAGAUCUUGGUCCUAGCGGCCUUUAUUGUGGCCGUGUCCUCGGGCCGCCUCGGUGGGAGCAAAAGCGCUAAAGUAGUAGAGGGAGAAAAAUCGCAAUGGCCCUGGCAAGUCGGAACUUUGUAUCACUACGAUGUAGAAGCCCACAACUUGGCAUAUUUUCAAGAAAGUGCUAGUACUGGUAACUCCUUCAGAGCUCGUUUUACGGUCCGUGUUAAAGCUCCAGGAUAUCUUCAAGCUAAGCUGGAAGAUCCUCAAAAUGCUCUAGUUCACCAAGAGCUUAAAAUUCAUGAGCCCUUGCCAGUAGACCUCAAGUAUCAGCCAGUUGCAAAGCUUGAUGUGCCUUUUGAAAUUUACUACGAUGGCGGAAGAAUACUGUCCCUCAAUUUACCAGCAAGCGUCUCACUGGCACAUGAAAAUUUACUAAAGGGUCUUAUUGGGGCACUUCAAGUGGACUUAACUACUAACCGCAACGUCCACAGCUCACAUGACACUUAUGAUAAAGAAAGCCAGCAAGGUUUAUUCAGGAAAAUGGAAACUGACGUCACUGGUGAUUGUGAAACUCUUUACACGGUAUCACCUGUUGCUGCUGAAUGGAGGAGGGAAUUACCCACGUUUACUUCUGAGGAAGAUCCUAUGGAAAUAACAAAAAGCAAAAAUUAUGGCCAUUGCCACCACAGAGUUGAUUAUCACUUUGGUGUACCUCAGGGUGCUGAAUGGUCUGGUACUGUUCAUAAACCAAGAAAGGAACAAUUCAUUCAAAGGGCUAUGAUCUCUAGAAUCCUUGUAGGCAAGAACGGUCCAAUUUACAAGUCUGAAACUACUAAUACUGUUAAAGUACACCCACACUUAUAUGGCAAACAGAAAGCAGAAGUGCAUAGUAAAGUUAGUUUUUAUUUAGUAUCACAAGUGCAAGAUUCAGAACCAGAGUGGCCACUUCCUGAAGAUGUUCGAGAAGUUCAAAAUCUUUUGUACUCCUUGACACCUAAGCAAAUAAUUAUCGAUGAUGAUAGUUCUUCUUCGUCCUCUGAGUCAGUAGAAAAUCAUAUUAACGUGCAAAAGUACAAUCGCGAGCGUCGAUCAGUGCGACCAAAAUCAGUCGUAGCAAUCAACAAGGUUAUUAUCAAAAGGAGAAGUGAAGAGGGAAGUUCAUCUAGUUCCAGUGAGUCUGAUUCUGCAUACGUCAACGAUAAUAUACCUAAAUUCAAUGAACCUGCAUACGCCGCCUUGUAUAUGAACCCACAGCCUCAUAAUGAUAAGAAACAAAACCCAAUGAAUGCACAAAAACUAGUACAAGAAAUUGCACAGCAACUUCAAAAUCCUAAUAACAUGCCUAAAGUCGAUUUACUUUCUAAGUUUAAUGUACUUGUACGUGUUAUCGCUUCCAUGAGUUAUGGUCAACUUAGCCAAGCAAGUCGAAGCAUUGAAAUUGCCAAAUCAAGUAGUGACAAUGUGAAAUCUGACAUGUGGAUGGUUUACCGAGAUGCUGUUGCGCAGGCCGGUACUUUACCAGCUUUCCAACAAAUUAAAUCAUGGAUUCAAAGCAAGAAAUUAGAAGGAGAAGAAGCAGCGGAGGUCAUAUCUUCUAUGGUCAAGAGUCUGCGAUAUCCAACUAAAGAAUCUAUGGUACAGUUCUUUGAAUUGGCUAUGAGUCCAGAAGUAAGCAGCCAGGUGUAUCUUAAUAGCAGUGCUCUCAUUGCUGCUACCACUUACAUAAACAUGGGCCAAGUAAAUAAUGAAACUUCUUACCGUUAUUAUCCUACCCAUAUGUACGGUCGUCUGUCACAGAAACAUGAUCAUUUCGUAGAGCUAGAGAUCUUACCUCGUUUAACAGCUGCAUUUAGGUUGGCCAUGGAGCAAGGAGAUACUCAUAAAUCUCAAGUAUACAUCAAAGCCAUUGGUAAUCUAGGCCACGGAGCUAUAUUGGAUGUCUUUGCGCCAUAUCUCGAAGGCAAAGUCCCUACCUCAACUUAUCUCAGAACGCGUAUAGUUGAGAGCCUUAACGUUUUAGCUUACCAAAGAGACAACCGUGUACGUGCUGUGCUGUUCAGUAUUUUGAAAAACACAGCUGAACCUUAUGAAGUAAGAGUAGCUGCUAUACAAAAUAUCUUUAUGGGUCACCCCACUAGCGCCAUGAUGCACGCGAUGGCGUACAUGACUAAAGAAGAUCCAAGCAUGAAUGUACGUUCUGCCCUUAAAUCUGCUAUAGAAUCUGUUGCUCAACUGAAACAUCCUCGCUUCUAUGAAAUUGCAAGAAAUGCUGAAGCAGUGAAGGAUAUGCUUACAAAGGAAGACUUUGGAGUACAAUACUCCAAGAAAAACCUAAUGGAAUAUUUUGAUAGAGAUGACCAAUAUGGCUUAAUGUCUAUUUUAUCAACAAUAGGUAGCGAAGACAGUUUAUUCCCUAAAUCAAUGAAAUAUUCAUGGAAAACUAGAGUUUCUGGCUGGGAUGAAGAAGCGAUGUUAUGGACUGCUGCUUCUCAUGGACAAAAGGUCGUCGACUAUUUCUUUGAUCAAAUUUUCGGAAAUAAGAGAAAUAGCAAAAGUGAUGUUAAUCAUAAAUAUUCUGCUAAGAAGAUAUCUCAAAUUUUAAAUAUCAAUCAUGUAGAAGAACCUUUGGAAGCGUCCAUUUUUAUCGACAUUAUGAAUCAACAGCGUUAUUUUGCUUUCAAUGAACAAGAUAUUAAAGAUUUUAGUGUUAAAGUUGGCCAGUACUUAUCAGAUCUCAUUAAAGGUGUCAACAAGCACUAUACGAAAAUCGUAAAUCGUAACCAGGUGUCAGUAAUGUUCCCCAUUGCUUCUGGUAUGCCUUUCAUAUAUAAAUAUAAAGAACCAACAGUAGUACAUAUACAAGCCAGUUCAAACGGCAAGGUUGAUUUUAAAAAUAGAGAAGAUUAUGAUAUGAUUAUUGAUAAAGACCUUUGGUUUACUUUUGCAACUAAUAACGAUGGAAGUGUUGGUUAUUUGGAUACUUUAUCAAACCAAUAUCCUACCGUGGGUCUCGUCAGAAAAUUCCAACUACAUGUUCCUGUCAAAGUGCACUUUGAAACAAAGCGUGGAGAGGUUAAGUUAAGACUGGCUCCUAAAGAACCUGAACAAGACAGUACCGUUGUUCACUAUAGUGUUUGGCCCUAUAGUAGCAGUCAAAAGAAGGAUACACUAGUAACUUUAUCACAAGACCCCAGCACGAAAGUAAUAGCACGGCCCAACAAAGUUGUUACUGUUGAUUACAAAUUCGGACAGCAAAUCGGACAAUUGUUCCAAGUCCAAGGGUAUUCUUAUUCUAAUGAUUACAGAAACUUUGGUAAUUUCUUACAAUACAAAGAUGUCGUCUCAAACAUUGUUUCUGCAUUUAGACAACAAGACAUUGCUCAAACCCACUUCAACUUAAGAUAUCUUGGAAAGCAAUCUAAAAACAAGGAAAUAACUUUCACGGCUGUGUAUGAUACUCUUUACAACCAGAUGAAUGAAGGUGAAAUGCCCUCUGUAGCAUCAGAUAUAAACGAUGUUACACCUAACAGCCCUGUGCGACGAGAAGAGCUAGUUAAGCGUGUUACAGCUGGCAUCAAGGCAGCAAGAAGCCAAGUCUUGGAUUUAAGUCUUCAAAUUGAAUCACCCGAGAAAUUAGAGUAUGUCCUGACAUUUGUUGUUGGAAAUAGUCAAGUAGAUCAUAAAAUUCAGUAUGCCUUCUUCGCCAGCAAAAACUUAGGACAAACUUCAAAUCAAAUUAACGCCGUUGGUACACUCACUAAACCUCUUUUAAUUAGCCCCAUGAAUUUCCAUGAUGCAAUUCAACAAGAGCUGAAAAUGAUUUUUGAAGCAGAUAUCCGUUAUAAUCAGAAAGAAAAUAUCCACAUUCAAGGCACCACCGAAAGAACAAUGAAAUACUCUGAGGAACUUCAGAAACAUCCUAUAGGUGUACAAUGUAUUCGAGAAAUAGAAACUGGAAAUUACUACCAAAGAGCAUGCCAUCAAGCAAUUAUUAUGGCACAUGCUCCAGAUAGCUUCAAAUUCGCUGUCUCUUACAAAGAUGUCAACCCAAUGGUGAAGAGCGUUUUCCACCAAGUAUAUCGAAUUGCUCAAAGUUUUGGAAUUUGGCAUUUAGAAAGCAAUGAUCAAAAAGUAAAUCCUGUAGGAAAAAUCGACAUUAAUGUAGAUGCCUCAUAUUUAAGCCAAACAUUAAACUUUGAGUUGAAAUCUCCAUUAGGCGAAAUGCGUUGGAAGAAUGUUCGCAUUCCAAAAUCUUCUGCGGUUGCUUUCGCCACCUAUUGGCCAAUUAAGCCUUAUGAACGAGUAUGGAACUAUUACACUAGUCAACAAUAUCAACCUUACUGCAGUGUCGACAAGAGCAUGGUGAGAUCGUUCAGCGAUCGCAGCUACAACUAUACAUUGACGAGCUCUUGGCACGUUGUUCUCCAUGACGAUAGAGUAUCCAACUCCGAUGUUUUGGUUGUACUUGCAAGAAGACCAAACGAAAAACAACAAGAGAUCUACAUCUCCUACAGAUCAUUCACUGGUGUGGAUUUGGAGAUCGAAUUGCAUCCAGCUCCAGUAGGACAGAAGAAUCAUGUAGUCAAAGUGAAUACGAAUGCAAAGAAGGUGUCAGAAGGUGAUCUUACCACAUACUGGGAUGACGUUGAUCAAACUCCUGUACUUGAAUACUACACUGAAGGAAAUGGUGUUCUAGUUUUGAAAAUUCGUGAAAAUCGUCUUAGAGUUAUGUACGAUGGAUUACGAUCAGUCAUCCAAGCCAGUGAGAAACGUAAUAAUGUCAGGGGCGUUUGUGGAUACAUGAGUGGCGAACCUCGUGAUGAUUAUUUAACUCCAAAUGGAGUAGUCGAUAAUCCUGAGUACUAUGCAGCUUCUUAUGUCCUUAUUGAUGAAAAUAGUGAGCCGGUAGAAAAGGAAAGGCUAGAACAAGCUAAGAGAAUAGCAUAUCAGCCACGUAAUCGGUACACUACCGUCCUGCGAUCAGAUGAAGAGUGGAAAAACGAGAUUCGCUUAGCUUCUGAAGAGCCCUGGGGCUCCCAAGUUAUAUACAGAGCGAGGAACUACCUCAAAGAAAAAAUGCCCUGUGAACUAAGACCCCAAGUCCAGUAUUAUGAGAACCAAGGUGAGAUCUGUAUAACGACUACCGCCUUACCAGCGUGUCAGUCGCAUUGCAGCGGUGAAGGUUAUGAGAUUAGGCCGGCUCAAGUAGUUUGUAAGUCAAAGUUUGACAUACAAUUCCGUGCAGUGCGGGACCAAAUCCGUCUUGGUCAAAAUCCACAAGUUAGCGGAGUUCCCCAGAAUACCCAAUUCAGAGUCCCUGCCUCUUGUGUAGUG